AUGACCUUUUGGUCACCUCCCGCUCUCACUCUCGAUAUGACAGCUUUCAAAGCUAUACCGGGAAACGAAGCGAAUGGCGUCCACGACGUCUAUUUCAUUUACCAGUUAUCUUAUUGUUCGGGCAACUACGCCGCAGGAUCUCAUAAUCUAAUCGACCGACAAGAAUUCGUUGCAGCAUUUGGUACACAAGACUCCUCGCAGCUUAUGGAUAAUACCUUAGUCCACUUUCCUCAAGACCUGAAGAAUCGAUUACAAUAG